AUGGCGUCGCCCAGUCUCAGUCCCGCCGGCGACGGCAUCAUCCGUGGCGACGCUGGCCGUGAGGAGCCGCCGUCCCUGGAGGACCUAUACCACAUCAAUGUCUUCCCCUCCGAGCUCUUCCUCAAGUUCCGCAAGGAAGUUCAAGGGAUCCGCCUCGGUCUCAACCUGGAGGUAUAAUGCAGCUGGAAUCGAACUUCAUGCUGUGCUACGGCAUAUGUUAUUUCCUGGAUCAUUCGUUCAUCUAAUUGUAGAUGAGGUUGUAGCUUAUUCUCUCCUGAAGAGUACGGAUUCUUUUUAUUUUUAUUUUCUGAUUGUCAUUAUUUUACUUCUCACCAGUUUUAUAAUUAUGAAGGCAACGACUACGAGGCGAAAAUGGUUUUGAAACCUCUAGGACCUGACAGGAGGUGGAAAUUCAUCUAUGAACCCAUCCGGGGGGAUCUGCGGGUUCUUUCAAAGAAGAUUCCGAUAACUAGGUAUCUUAAUCUGCAGGUACGGGGCCUAGAUUAAGCAUCCAACUUCUGGGUCAUGUAUUCUUGCCUCGUCUAACGAAAUGAUAGACACCAUCAUGAGUUAGGCUGAUGAUUUGAAGCAUGUAUUUUCUUGUAAUUAUAUAGACAUCUAGCAUGCCUUUAAAACCAAGUAUAUAUUUGAGAAAUCAUUUUCCGAUUCAUUAUUUUACAGCGUGCUCCUCAUAGACCACAUUCGGCUGGCGCUUCCAAGUUUCCCAGUUAUUCCAUUUAUUUGCCUGAACGUUGUUUACGCGAGCACCAAAAGUUCUGUGAAACUAAUUCUAUUAAAUAUCGGUGCUCCGUUAGGCUUCUUCACUUUUUUUAAAUUUUUAUAUCAGGGUCUUAUACGUGACCCUAUUCAAUUAUCAGUGAUUCCCAUAUUUCACUUUUAAGUGCUUUCUUUCUUUUGAAGUUUUUUUGGAGCAUCGUGGCAUUUUUGUGUCUUGUGAAAUGAUUUUCCAUCUAUUUCUCGCGGUAGAACGCUUGAUAUUUAUUCGGAUACAUAAUGCCAAAGCUCCUAAUGUCGCAUCACCUCACAACAACUAUUCGUGUCCCUUGUUUCUGAGAUUGUCAAUAUUUCAGUAUUUGCUUCCUCACGAAUACUCUUCUUCAGGCAUCCCUUUCUGUGACCUUUCUUCUUUAUUUAAAUCCCACUUUGCUAUGGAAGAAGAGCUCUAUUAUCCCCAUCUUGACUAGGCAAAUUCCUCUCUUAUAUCUGUUGCUGACUCUGCCUCGAUUUAAGAGCUUCGUGCUAUGUUUUUAUGACUACUACCAUUCCAAAAGAAGGCACAGAAAAUGGCAUGCAGUUGACACUGUAGCACUGCUAGUGUCUGUUCUAUGCUUAGUUUUGGAAUUCUCUGCUCUUCUGUACCCCGUCUGGUAGCUUCUGGUUUCUCAAAAAGCAUGGUUACAUUCAUGGGAAUUGUGAUUCUUUAUUUACAUCUGACGGAGAAGCUGGAGUAUUUAAUGAGAAAUGUUGAAUAUUGACAGUCCAGUACUUCUGUAACCACUUUCUGGUUAUGUUCUGAUUCCUACUCCAAAAAUUUACAUUUGGCUUUAAUGAUCGUUGAUGUGUCAAUCUUCAGGUAUUUUAACGAUGUAUUAUCUUUAAAACAUGAUUUUCUCCCAUGAUGCGUCUCCCAACUUGCUGGGAUUCUAUUCGAUCACUUUGGAAUCCGUGAUUAUAUUCCGUGUGAUGUUCAUUCAUUUUUAAUGAAAAGAAUAGAAAGGAAAAGUCUAGCUUUAGCAACUCAUCUUUCUGUCCUGAACACUUUUGCCACUCUGUUGGAGGUCUCCCAAAUCAAACUUUAGAAGCUUAACGUCGUUUUGGGCUUGCAUACGUUUUCAAGUUCCAUAACAACUGACAAUACAAACCUACCCUUUAAUAAAAGCUGAUUCAAGUGCUUCAAAAAUCUCUCUUUCAUUAUCUCGCUAUCCGAUUUUGGCCUGUUGGCGGACAUGAGACAGUUCAAUGGCCUCAAAGUACAUAAUCAUAACAUCCUUACAAAGGUUAUACUUUAAAUACAUGAUUAUAGGGUAAAUUGUACAUGAUUGAUGUCAGAGCGUAAUGUAAGAAAUCUAUUUUUUUGAAAUGCCCCUAUUCAAUUAACAAGAUUCAUUCUUUGUAGAGUAUGCAUCUGUGAGAAUAAGAUGUAGCAUGAUCUGGUAAUUCAUUCUGGUACUUCAUAGCUGGAAAUAAUCGAUCUAUCUCUUCAAACAUGUACCUCGAAAUCGAAACUUCAAUGGUUCAGGACGGAAAGGAUAUAUUUCGGUGGCAACAUAUAUUAUCGUAAUGUUAACCUUUCUGUCUCUGUGUUGAUGAUUCAUCAUACAUUAAUUGACAAGAUUGAUAGUUAUAUAAAAUGACCUAAAUAUUCCCUGGAGACUAUAUAAAAAACCCAAUUACUUUCGCAUUGCCUGUGCUUCUACUUUUUUAUGAAAUUUGGUGAUAAGAACGGAAGUUAGAUUGAAUGGUCAGUAUGAAGUCACUGCCAAGGUUGAUUGUUCAUGUAAAUUUCUCAGGUUGGCGUGGGACAUAAUUACCAUCUCAAUGCCAUUGGAUGGAAAUGGAAACUUUCUACCAGUCUAGGUGGAGAUGGCGUCUCACAAAUCCGAAACAAAACAUCUAUUGGUUUAUUUCCAGGAUUUGAUUUGCGGAUUGGUUGGAAGGCGGAGUACAUCCUUCCUGAGAUCAAUGGGUACGUUGCCAAAAUCCGCAGCCUAAUUAAGAGGAUCAUAUGAAGAAUAUGCCGCAUAAUAAAACAUGCUGUUUUCUAAACUCUCUGUGGGUUUAAGAAUAUAUUUCAUUGAGUUUUAUUCAUUGUUGACUUUUUCUUUAAUUCCAUAUCCGACUAAUUUAUCUCUUCUAUCUUGUUGGUUUUCUAGCCUGCUAUUAUCUGAAUUUUUUUAACCUAGAUUACAUAAUAAGAAAUGCUCUUUUCUAAAUUUUCUAUGCUUUCAAGCAUUUAUUUCUCGUAUUUUCUUCCUUGUUACAUUUAUUUUUAAUCAUAUAUCCGACGCUUGAACUUUUCUAAUCUUCUGCGUUCCUGUUUUGGUUCUAUGGUUCGCUAUUAUCUUACAACUUUCACCUAUAUACCAACAUAAACCAUGACAUGCGGUUUUCUAAAUUGUCUACGCUUUUUAGCUUUUAUUUUAUUGUUUUUUAUUCAUUAUGGAAUUCGGUUUCUAAUAAUAUACCCGACUAAUGAAUUCCCUUUGAUUUAAUUUCUUCAUGAUUUCGUGAUUCCCUUUGAUUUUGGUUUUGAAUUUUUUUUCCUACAUUACAUAAUAAAGCAUGCUCUUCCAUAAAUUCUCUACAUUUUCAGGCAUUUAUUUUACCCCAUUUUUUUCAUUAUCGAAUUUGGUUUCUAAUAAUGUAUCCUGAUUAUGAAUCACCUCUCAUCUACUUACUCUCUCGCUUAUUUCGUCGUCUGCUAUUAUUUUUACGUUUUUAAGCUGCAUCAGAAAUAUAUGAUUAAUAUUUUGAAGCCUUUGGUCGGCAGAUCUGUGGGUGCUGGAGAGCCCAUCUUCAACAUGAGCUAUGGCCGUCUGCAUGCAUCUAUAGAUAAAGUGGAGGCCAUUCUCACUCAUGAAUCCUGA